UGUUUCAUUUUUCUGAUUCCGUGUUUAAUUAAAUCCCGCAAAUAAUCUGAAUACAUUUACAAAGUAUUAAGUACUGAGUAUAGAGUUUACUUGCACUUAACUUGAAUACUUCAUGAGUCCAGAGACUCAGGUGAACAAGAGGACCACGAACUCCUCCAGAGACACUUACUCUUAUUGAGUACAAACCGUUGUCUGGCUCCUAAAUGGUGGAAUGAGCUCCCCAAUUACAUCAGCACAGCAGAAAGCCCCCCCAGGCGUGCAUACAUGCUUGACAACGUCGCGGCAUGCUCCUAAUGAGACAACAAUGGUGUCUUGCGGGAUGUCCUCCCAGAUCUGUUUAAGCUCCUGUAAAGUCUGGGGAGCAACCUGGUGCCGUCUGAUGGACCCAAACAUAAUGUACCAGAGGUGUUCUAUCCGGUUUAGGUCAGGUGACCUGAGGUAUCAACUCCUUCAUCCUCCAGGUACUGCCUGCAUACUCUUGCCUCUGUAAUUCACUCUUAACUAGAAUCACUGGCAAGAAGAUCCUGAAACUACAAUACAUCCAAAACAACGCUGCCAGGAUCCUGAUCCGGAAGUAUGAGCACAUCUUACACUCACUACACUGGCUCCCUGUCAUUCCGGAUUGACUACUCACUCAUAAAUGCAUAAAUGGACAUGCACCACCUGAAAGAACUAUAAUAAUAACACUUUUUAUAGCGUUUUUCAGGGUACCCAAAGAUGCUUUACAAUCUAAGUAUAAGUAAGGGAAACGUACAGACAGGAGAAUUAGAUAGAAACACAAUAAAAAAGAUAGAACUGAAAAUUGAAGGAGUCGUGUAGGGGUUGGGGAGGGCAUUCCAGAGGGGAGGUGCCGACUGCCGCCCCGGCCACCUGAACGUCCUCCGGAGUUCCCCCGGCUGGCCGACCAUCGUCCCAUGGUCCUCUCCCUCCCACCCCUUUGUCUGUUCUCUGCCUGUCCCGCCCGCCCUUGUGUGUCUUGGGGCGUCUGGGAUCCGUCCCAUGAGAGGGGGGUACUGUCAUGGUUUGGGUUUGUUUCCUGUGUUAUUUUGUAGUUCCCUGCCUCUCGUGUCCCUGGUUUAGCUUCACUUCCUUCCCUGUCGUGUCACCCCCUGUAAUUGUCUCCUGUGUCCCUGAUUGUUUCCACCUGUGUCCAAUCACCUGCGCCUUCCCAGUGUAUUUAAGCCGUGUGUGUCUUUUGCCCGCUGUUGAGUCGAAUGUCGUUACCCUGUUUGUGAGUGCCGGAUCGCCGGCCUUAAUUAAAGUACUUUUUGUUUGCAAGUCUGUGGUUGUGCCCUGCUUCCGCCGCCUUGACAGACAUCAGUCCUGCUGACGGGUUGAGGACCUUCUAUGGCCCUGUCCAGCUCUCAGUAACUGCCUGUCUCCCAGAAUUUACUUCACGUUCUGAAGAUUGUGUGGGGAGACACAUCAUAUCUCCUUGCAACGGCAGCGUGGAUGUUCCAUCCUGGAGGAGUUGGGCAAUCUGUGCAACUCCUAUAGGGUUAAGAAAUUGCCUCAUGCUCCCAGUGGUGGUGAUGACUCUAGCUAAAGCAAAAACUUCGAGUCCAGUUCCAAGAGAUCAACAGGGACAAACUUGCCUCCACAUGCAAAACCAGUCCUGUUUGGUUGGGUCGUCUCAUUGUGCAUUUGUUAUUUAUUUCAUCAACACCAAUGCAGCUGAAACUGAUUAACAACCCCCUUGCUACUUACCUGAACAGAUCAUAUCAGAAGUGCAAUUGAAUUCAUGCCCUAACCCUGAUAUAAGAUUGCUCCUUUAAUUGUUUUGAGCAGUGUAAACACACCUCUACCUACUAUACCUGGACUAGGUAGCACUUUAUUUGCUCUUACUUACAGCACUUUGUAGUUUGGCUUUCUUGAAGAAAUGCUUCAUGUCUUGCAGGCUGUGGAUCAGAUGUUUGUUAUGGCAGAACCUGAAGACCAGACUGAGAAGAACCAGAAGUCUCCAGGUUCAGAUUUUUACAUCACCUUUUCCACUAUUUCUUCUUCUCCUUAUCUUUCAUCUCCUUCUACUUCUCGUGUGUGUGUGUGUGUAGAUGGACCUCCCAGUUGUUCAUGUCUGACCACUAAGGAGCUGCAGCAGAACCUGAAAGCCGUGAAGAGGAACGAUCAACCUGUCAAGCUUCUGUUUGAAAUCCCGUCAACUCGGAUCAUCGAAAAAGUUCUGUCCAAAUACGUGGUGUACGAGGUUGUGGUGAUGCGGUCUGGUACCUUCGAUUUGCGUCGCGUGUCCGUGGAGCGCCGCUACAGCGACUUCCUCCGCCUCCACCGAGAUCUGCUGGAGGAGUUCCAAGAGGAGCUGGAGGAUGUGGUCCUCCCACGAAAGCUGCUGAGCCGGAACUUCUGCCCAGAGGCCAUCGCGGGGCGCCGCCUCGCCCUCCAGGACUACUUGGCAGACCUCUACGCCACACGCUGCGUGCGCCAUUCGCCUCAUUUCCACCGGUUCCUCACCCAGCCGGAGCAGAGGCGGGCCCACGGCCUGCUAAGAGCAGGACGGUUCCUUCUUGCCGUGCAGCAGCUGCAGGACGUCCUGGAGAUUGAGGAGAAGCUGCUGCCCUGGCAGAACCCCACCCUGACUGUGCCGACCCUCUCCGCCCUGGCGGUCUGCUACCGUGACCUGAAGGAACCGGAGAGGGCCUUCGCUGCGGCACAGAGAGCGCUGCCACCCACGAGACGCUACGGACUGAACCGUUACCGGGCCUCACUGCUGGAGCUGCUGGUGGACUUGGGUUAUCAGCUAGGAUGUCCUGUGGCUCAGCUACAGGAGGAGCUGAGCCUGCUGAGGGAGAGGGGGGAGGUGAACUCCCACUCCCUGAAGGAGUUAGUGGUCCACGAGUUCACCUGAGUCUCUGGACUCAUGAAGUAUUCAAUGUACUUUUAAACUCACAUGACAUAGCUUCACAGUUUGAUGCUUUUGGAGGAAUUAAGAUAUUACAAUUAACAAUCUGAUGGUCGAUGAGUUGUAGAAAAUGUGUUGACUACUUUGAGAUUUUAAGAUGCAGGUGUUUAUGUCUGCUUAUGUUAAUGUUCACAUACUUGCACGUAUGUGUACACAUUAGGGAGUUUAAAGACUCUGCUCUGUUAAAUGGAUCAGACAUGGGCGGUUUGGUAGACAUGAAGUUUUGUCAAGAGAAUGAGGAAGAGUUGAGCGGAAGGGGAAUGAGACUCGAGACAAACAUGUGAAUAGCAACAAACGAACAAGAACUUGCAACGACAGUACAGACAGUGAGAGAAGGAAGUGAGCGAGUUCAGAGGAUAAGACCUGAUGCAUAUAUUGUCAUAAUAAGGUUUAUGUUUAAGUUCAACUUGUUUGUGCUCACAUCAACUCUGGCAAGUGAGAUAAGGGAGAUAUUAUCUGCCAGGGUGCUAAAUGAUAAACUUAAACCAGUGGUUCUCAAACCUUUUCUGUUGGGGCCCAACAAAAAUGUAACAAAAUGGUCCAUGCUGAAUUUUGAUUGAAAUCAUGACAAUUUGUGACUCCAUGUGUGCUUUUAUUAAUAAUAGAAUAGAAAAUGUAAGUCACUUUCAUGUAAACCAGAUUGCUCCAUCAGACAAAAACAAAUAAAAUGUGCUAUCACUUUAUUGGAACAAUGCAA